UCUCAUGUGGCGGUCAGUUCCUGUCCAUACGGCUAUAGUCCUGGAUAGCAAACCCACUCUCUAGUUGCUGCCGUCCCCUUUCGGUCUGCCGUAGUUGAGUAGCCUAACUACAAGGACAUUAGCGGACGCACGGAACGCAGCACAGUCGAACACGAGUGGAUUACAACGGCAUGGUUUUUUAUAGGGUCAGUCAGUCGAUCGUGUAACUAGAGGAAGAAAACCCAAAGAUUUAGACAUUGCCCAAAUUUAUUGAAACGUUACGCCAGGUAGCGGUAACUCAAUAGUGAAUCGUGCAAUAAAAAGGUCGGCGGGAAUGGCUUCAUCUCCUUGCGGCAGUGGGAACUUUGAUUCCGGACUGGAAAUCAAAACUCGGUCUGUGGAACAAACACUUGUCCCAUUGGUCUCGCAGAUCACCACACUGAUCAACCACAAAGACAAGCCAAACAAGUCGGAGCGGACCCAGCAGGCCAUCCAGAGAGUGGGCCAGGCCGUCAGCGUUGCUGUGGGACGCUUUGUUGGUGUAGGCGAGGCCAUCGCCGUGGAGAACGAGGAGCUGAAGGAAGAGAUGGGAAUGGCUUGUUUCGAGGCGCGCAGAGCAGGGGAUGCCAUAGCCAAGCUGACAGAUGUUGGGAUGCCGGUGGCCCCCCUUGUGGAUGGACGCAAGACGGUGUUCAGUAAAAGGACAGGCAUGGUGAAGGCUGCCCGCAUGCUCCUCUCCUCCGUCACCAAAGUCCUGGUCCUCGCAGACCGCAUCGUCAUCAAACAGAUCAUCACCUCACGCAACAAAGUGCUAGUAACCCUGGAGCAGCUGGAGAGAGUGAGCACCUUCCAGGAGUUUGUCCAGAUCUUCAGCCAGUUUGGGAACCAGAUGGUGGAGUUUGCCCACCUGACCGGGGACAGACAGAAUGACCUGAAGGAUGAGAAUAAGAAGGCCAGGAUGGCAGCAGCCAGAGCAGUGCUGGAGAAAUGCACCAUGAUGCUGCUCACUGCGUCCAAGACGUGUCUCAGACACCCGGACUGCGAGUCGGCGCGUAUCAACAAAGAUGGCGUGUUCCACCGCAUGCGAUUUGCCCUGGAGCAGGUCAUGGAGAUCGUGACGGACGCCCGGCCCUGCGGGGAGACCAAGGUCCUACCCCUCAGCAUUUACACCGGCAUCAAGGACUUCAAGUCCAAUGUGGAAGGUCUGCAUGAGGGUCUGUACUCACUGCCCCAGCAAGCUCUGUCUGACCAGCUGGAGGCGGUGGUGGAGAGGACAGAGGACUUCACUGACUCGGCCUACACCAGCCACGAGCACCGAGAGGGCAUCCUGCAGCUCUGCCAGCUCGCCCGCCAGGACACUGACCAGCUCAUCGCAGCCUGGAGGGAGGCGCUGUCUCUCAAUGCCAAAGAGGCCACGGAGGAGAUGGAGCUGUCUAUACUGAAGACCUGCCAAAGUGUUCACGAACUCCGCAGAGAGCUCCAUAAGGUGGCAGUGGGGCGGGCGGCGGACCUGCUGAAGCUGCAUGCAGAACACCUGCCUCUGCGGGCCCUGAAGGCCUCAGGGGGCGAGGGAAACCUGGAGGCCGUGGCAGAGUGCGCCCGCACGCUCGCAGAGCAGAAGGAACAGCUGAUGGAGACGUGUCGUCUGCUGUGUCACGUCUCAGGGACAGAGCCUCUGGAGAUCACCUGUAUGCACGCUGAGGAGACCUUCCACGUCACUGUCCCCCAGAUCAUUUCUGCAGCCCAGACGCUGGCCCUGCACCCAUCCAGUAAGAUUGCCAAGGAGAACCUGGAUGUGUUCUGUGAGGCCUGGGAGUCCCAGCUCUGUGACAUGGGCGUGCUGCUCCGGGAGAUCAAUGACGUGUUCGAGGGCCGCCGAGGUGAUAAAAGGGCUUACUUGUCGCUUCCCAGACCAGGGAAACAUUCAGCCAACCUGAAGAUGGUGAAAGCUGUUAAGCUAGAUACGGAGGAGCAGAGCAGCAUAGCCAAGCUGGGUCUAGAGCUGCGUCUGCUGACCUCCGACGUGGACACGGAGGUGGAGAAGUGGGAGGACCAGGAGCAGGACAUCGUCCGCCAGGGCCAGAGCAUGUCCAGCAUGGCCUACUCCAUGUACCUCUUCACCAGGGGGGAGGGCCUACUGAAGACAACCAUGGAUCUCUUCCACCAGGCUGAGGUGCUUUCUGAGGAAGGACUCCAGCUGUGUUCUUCAGUACACACUUUGUCCACCCUGCUGAUGGAUGAACAGAAGGUGGUAGUGCUGUCGGAGAUGGAGAAGCUUAUGGGCUUAUGUCAGCAGCUGCAGAUGGGGGUGAGGACGCCAGUACAGGGCAAGACUGCCACCUUCCAGAAGGUGGAUUCAUCCAUUCAGAACACUAGAGCCAUCAUGACUGUGGUAAUCUACCUCCUGCCAGUCUGUAAUAAACUUGUCAGAAAGUAUAAGUCAGAGAGAAGCAGUCUGGACUCUCCACAGAGCUGGAGGGACAGGCAGUCGUCCACACCCAUCAAAGACGGCGCGCUCAAUGGCAAGAACAGCAACGGCUUCGGGGUCAAGUCCCUGGAGAAGCAUAUGGCCAACCUCACCUUCCUGGAGAGCAAGUAGUCCAGUCUAGUGACCUUUGACCCCUAACCUGUAUCACCUAUCACAGAGCUGGAGCAUACCAUUGUCAACCACCGGGGGGGGGGUGAUAGACGCCUCACUCACUUCGACAAUUUUGUCAACAACAACAACAAAAACGCUCACUUAUGUGCCUGUCAGUCUAAUCAGCCCAUUCACUUUGUCAUGUAACUAACCUGUAGCACAUCUCAGCCAAAUGUAUCACAUGUAUAAAGAAAAUAUCUGAAAUUUACUGAAAUGAAAGCCGUGGCCAGAGCAUGAUGCCAUCAUCACCAUGUCUUUGAAUCUUACCCAGUGAUUUGGGCUGUUACCCCAGCUUUCUGAUCACCUGGUCCCAGCUCAGUUUUGAGCUGUCUUGUCGAUACCUAUGGCCAUUGUCAUGAGGAGUUGGCAAGACCGACCAAACAGAUCUGGGACCAGGACAAAGCUGAUAUUGCUCCAACCAAAACGCAUCAUGGCUUAGCAAUUAUUGAGUGUAAUUAAUGCAAUCUCACUUUGAUGCCAAAUAAGAGAGUAAAUGGAAGGUUUAAUCACUGAAUUAUGCCACUUAGCUUGUUAUAAACUGACUGACAUACGGUUCUUAUUAUGCCUCUAUUUCAGCAGAGACAAUUUUAUCCGACUGACUUUCUACUCUCUGUAAUGUAUUGAAUCAUUUUCUGUGUAUAUGUGGUAUACUGUUUUAUCCAUGUUUUCAGAAAACCUAUCUAAAAGAUUGUUGAUCCAGCGCAUGAGUCAAAUGAACUGUGGUUUUGAAGCUGUUCGUUAUGAAAUGUACUUGAAAGUAAAAGUACGUCCCAAAUGGCAACCUAUUCCACA